AUGUCUGCCGACGACGACGACCUCUUCCUGGACGACUUUAACUACAGGAUUCCGACUUCCCGGGAUACCGCAGAACCAGCAACAGAUCCCUCUAAAUACGUUGAGCAUCUCGCACAGGCAUGGAUCAACGAACGUGCAGCACCAGAUAUCCUUCAGUAUGAGAGAUCAGCAAUCGAUGGUCUUCUUGCCAAGAUAGAAGAGCAGACCGCUAUCAUCGACGAAUUGGACGCUGGCAAUGAUACAUCAAUGAUUAUAUCAAUCCUUUACCAAACGGAACUUGAGCGCGUCAAGUUUGUGUUGAGGAGCUACUUGAGGACGCGGAUAUCCAAGAUCGAACGGUUCUGCGAGUUCAUCCUUGCCGACCCCGCCUCAAAGAAAAGACUUUCCAAAGCAGAAGUUAUCUACGGGGAAAAUUUCCUGUCCUCACUGCCUCCCUCGCUGCAAGGUCAAGACGAUGCGAUCUUUGACAGGAAGCUAAGCAUGAUAUCGCAGCCCAGACUGGACGAGGCAGUCUUUUGCCGCAUCAUCGAGGACAUCGGCGACUUUCAGCUGGAUGAAGAUGAGACAGUCGUGCUGGAGACAGGUCAGAUCUACAUCUUUAGAUACAAAACUGUGCGCAUGCUGCUCCAGCGUGGUCAAAUAGAGCUCAUCUGA